AACUCUUUAGCCAUAACAUUUUUCAUCUUCAUAGACUAAGUAACAGCUUAACAAAGUUUGAAUCUUUGUGCAAAAGGGUCAUAGGAUUUCUACACAUUCAUCUAUUUUUUUGAGUUUUGAUUUUUUUAAAUAGAUAUGCAAACAUCAAACAUGGUUUUUCGACAAAUCGAAUAUCUUAUUACAGAAGAGAAACGAUCACAGAAUGAUGAUAUUGAUAUCAACUCAUCUUCAAGUUCGAGUUUAUUCGGUUUGAUAGAUUUUUUCCUAUACUCAACAUUCAUCAUUGGAGUACAAAAGUUCUUCUCGAGUUUAUCGAGUUUGUUGAGUUUUCGGGGUUUUUUUCUUCUCUGCAAACUUUGUUCCGGUGACUCGGAUGUAAAGGGAGAGAAGCAAAUAUCAGAAGGUGAAUCAAGUGUUAGCAGAGAAAGUGUGGAGAUUAAGAGAGAUGAAGUUGAAAGGGUGAUGGCGAAAAUGGGAAUUUUUUGCAGUGAAGAAAGUGAGGUGCUUGAAGAAAAAUAUGGUUCUAAAGAACUUUCUGAAUUGUUUGAAGAGAAUGAGCCAAGUUUUGAGGAAGUGAAGAUGGCUUUUGAUGUUUUUGAUGAGAACAAAGAUGGAUUCAUUGAUGCAAUAGAGUUGAAAAGAGUUAUGUGCAUUUUGGGAUUUAAGGAAGGUUUAGAAGUUGAGAAUUGUGAGAAGAUGAUCAAGAAUUUUGAUGAGAAUCAAGAUGGAAGAAUUGAUUCUAUUGAAUUUGUAAAAAUUAUGGAAAAUAGAUUAUGUUGAGUUUUUCUUUCACUUGUGUGAGGACUUGUAUAAUAUAUGAAAUUAUUUUGACAUAUUCUUUUAUUUCUUUUCUUCAAUAUAAGUGACUAUAUCUCUCAAGAUUGUUGACCUUUCAAAUUAGAUGAACCAAUGUGG